AUGACUGGUAUUCGACUGGGUGUAAAUUGCGAGCCAAAGCCGAAGGAGAGACUGUCUGGAAGUUCAAAGAGACGCCCGAGACCCGGAUUGUCGAAGACUGAAGUGUCGGCUUCAGGAUCGGUUCGUGCUUCCGCCAUGGACGUAGAAAGAGUACUGAACAAACUUGGAGAAGUGUUUCGAGACGAAGGCGAGAAGCCCGUCGAUAUGGCAGCCCGUCGUGCUGAUCCGAUGCCGCCAAAGAACUUGCCUGACAGCACGGCACACGACAACCAUACCUCAACGAAGUAUAUUGGACCAUCUUCCGGCGCUGUGCAGCCGUUGCCUCUGGAUGCCGCAUUGCUGUGCAGCAAGCUCAAUUUGCACAAGAAGGAACAAGAUGCUCUGCGAAGGAGUCGGGAGAAGCGAGAGUCGUUCAGAAAUGGCCAAUACGUGCCCCGAAGUGCCGCCAAGUCGUUCGCGGUGACGACGACGACAACAUACGACGAGGUGACACCUCAUUCGCGAAGGCGAAAGCACAUUUCCGAACCCCUCCCAAUGAUUGCAGAGCCAUUCGCGGUAGAUGGGAAGGUACGGGCGCCUCAUAGGCAAGCGCCAGUGCUGACAGAAGAGCCGGAUAUGCUCGAGCUGGAAGAGGAGGAAGCGGCGGGGUUCAGGCUGUCAGAAGAGAAGUUCGAUCUUGCGGCUGCACUGGCUGCAAUCUCGCCGCUGGGCUUCAAGCACCCAUCUGCAUCGGAAAGACACGAUUCGAAACGGAAUUCGGGCAGAUCACAAAAGCACGACUCCAUGGAUCCAGCAGCCACCGAAACCCACGCCCGAGACUUCCACUCUCUGGUCACGCCUGAUCUGCCCGAACUGCAGCCACUGCCGGAAAUGCCAUCAUUACCAGACCUCCAACCACUAGCGCAUUUACGAAACCUACAGCCAACACCGCCACGACGUCGCUCAAGUGCUCGCAGUGAAGAUUCAGAUAGCGCAGACCGAGGCAGGGCCCCUUACCGACCAGGCGACGCAGCCAAGCGCAGAAGUCUCAUCGAUACCGUGCCCAGGUCGCAGCAGGACCGAUCAACAUCAUCAAACUACUACACCGAAACCCGCACGUCCCGCUUCCUAGAAGAGGAAGUCGUGCUCAACGCAAGGAUCCCAGAAGUCGACACUCCACCCGUAGUAGAACGACGUGUGCUCACAGCAAACGACAGGCCAGGCUGGUCGCAACGCCCAGAGACUGAUGAUGGAGUCCGCCAUACUUUCAACCUGCAUGUCUUCUCGCAUACAGAGAAGAAAUCGCAGCGGUCGCAAAGUGCGUUGUUGGAAAGUAGUAUGCUUGCACAGUUCGCUGAGCCCAAGAAAGCUGAGCAGCCGCGCCGGCCUGAGGAGACGAAGGUGUACAGGGGACCGCAGAAUGAUCAUCUCAUUGCUGAUGCGGUGAGGAUUAUUCAGCGGGAGAAGAUAGUGAAGCGGAGGGCGAGCGUUUUGGACUUUUUUAAGAAGCUUUGA